GUCUUAUCUAAGCUGUAUCAAUGUUAAGAAAUAAAAGUAAGUAUCACACGAAACAUGAACGGAAACUUUCUAAAACUCUUAAAAACCGUGAAAAAUCGUGUCCGUUUCAUCGAAUCAAAAAAAUACUUCUCCAAUAAUGAGGUUCCGUUAUUCCCCGGUGCUAGAACAACAUGGACGGAAAAAAUGGAAUUCACUGGCAAACAUUCUUACGCACCAAUACCUGUAUAUAGAGUUAUGGACAGGCAAGGUAACAUCAUCAACUCAACCAACGAGCCAGCUUUAUCCAACGAAAUCCUGAUUAAAAUGUACAAAGACAUGCUAAGUGUAGGCCUAAUGGAUAAAAUCCUAUACGAAGCACAAAGACAAGGUAGAAUUUCAUUUUAUCUCACCAAUUUCGGCGAAGAAGCCACCCAAGUGGGCAGCGCAGCGGCCCUAUCUCCAGCAGACGUAGUCUACGGUCAAUACAGGGAAGUCGGGGUGCUCAUGUGGAGAGGCUUCACCUUCCAGCAAUUCGUAGACCAGUGCUAUGGCAACAAAGACGACCCCGGUAAAGGGAAGCAAAUGCCAGUGCACUACGGCAGCACCAGCUUGAAUUUCGUCACCAUUUCCAGUCCCUUGAGCACCCAAAUCCCUCAAGCUGUCGGAUCUGCUUAUACUUUGAGAGGUAAAAACAAGGUGGUGGCGUGUUAUUUCGGCGAUGGCGGGGCUUCGGAAGGUGAUACUCACGCUGCGUUCAAUUUCGCCGCUACUUUAGACUGCCCGGUGUUGUUUCUUUGUAGAAACAACGGUUAUGCUAUAUCAACACCAGUGGAUGAGCAGUAUAGAGGUGAUGGAAUAGCAGCUAGGGGUCCUGGGUAUGGCAUAAAUACCAUUAGAGUGGAUGGGAAUGAUAUUUUGGCUGUUUACAAUGUCACAAAAAUGGCUAGAGAUUAUGCUGUUAAAGAAAACAAGCCGGUUUUAAUAGAAGCCAUGACUUAUAGAGUCGGUCACCAUACAACGUCUGAUGACAGUACGGCCUACAGAAAGGCGGAUGAAGUAGAGCAAUGGUCUAAAAAUGACUAUCCUACGGAUAAAUUUCGAUUCUACUUAAGCAAAAAGAACCUGUGGGAUGAUAACAAGGAUAAAGAGUGGAUAAAAGAAGCCAAACAGAGUAUAAUGGAGGCGUUUAGAAAAGGCGAAGAUAAACAUAAGCACAGCUGGGAAGUUAUGUUCGACGAGGUGUACAAAUAUUUACCUGAAUACAUCGACGCGACCACUGGCGCUUACCAAGCAGGCCAAGCGGGAUACGCCGUAGCUGCACCAGCUACGGCAGCCGCAGCUGCGACGUACGGCACUCAAAGACCCACCGGCUACGAUACCGCCUAUCAAGCCGCCGCCGCCACUCCGGGCACGUACGCAGCAGUCGGAACUGCUCCGACCCCAGCCUACGAGUAUGGCUACGGUCAAAAUCCAGCCACUGGAUAUACGAGCGGAUACGAUCAAACAGCAGCCGCGGCGGCUGCAGCAGCUGCCGCCGCCAAACCCGGAACAUACGCUGCUACAUAUACUCAACGAGCGACUACGCAACAAGCUCAACAAGUAGCUAACGCAGCAGCGGCUGCAGCCGCUGCCAAACCGGCCACUUACACAGCGACUUACCAACCGAACGCGACAGCAUAUCAAGCCACUUAUGCUCAACCCGCCGCUCAGACCACCAUCGCGGCCCAACCGACUACUCAAGCCAAACAGCAAACUAAUUCUACAACAACAUAUUCAGGAUACGACGCCGCUCUGUACUCGGCAGCGACGAUGUACGUCGCCCAACAGAACAACAGCAACCAACAGAAGGCCGGCGGUUGGCAGAAUUACAAGAAAACCGGCAUCGGCGGGAAGAAUAUCAGAACGAAGGCGCCGCCGAAGCCCCAACAGCUACACUACUGCGAUGUAUGCAAAAUCAGUUGCGCCGGUCCACAAACCUACAAAGAACAUUUAGAAGGGCAGAAACACAAGAAACGCGAAGCGGCGACUAAAAUGGCCGCCUCUGUAGCGGUUACGAAUCAAAACAGAGCCGGUAACUCGCUCAGGUGUCAGUUGUGCGACGUUACUUGUACAGGAAACGACGCGUACGCGGCCCAUAUUCGCGGCGCGAAACACCAGAAAGUCGUUCUGUUACACACCAAGUUGGGCAAACCGAUUCCAUCGCAAGAGCCCGAAGUUAUAGGCGGUGCGAAGAAAUCCAUUUCGUCGACGCCGAAAAUUAACUUCGUGCAAUCCGGCGGAUUGGGAUUGUCUUCGGGCAACGGUGAAGUCGCUUGUAUGAAGGACGACGAGGAGGAAUCCUUGCCCGAGCCGGACAUACAGCCCGUAGGACAAGACUACAUCGAAGAGAUAAAAAGCGACGACGGAAAGGUGAUAAGUUUCAAUUGUAAGAUAUGCGAAUGCAGAUUCAACGAUCCCAACGCCAAAGAGAUGCACAUGAAGGGCCGGCGACAUCGGUUGCAGUACAAGAAGAAAGUGAAUCCUGAUCUGGUGGUCGAUGUUAAGCCGUCGCUGAGACAGAGGAAAAUUCAAGAAGACAAAAUGAGAAGAGCCUUCUUCCAGGGCGGCGUACAACGUAGAACUGAAUCCAGCGACGACAAGCACGUGAUGGCGCGCCACGCCGAAAUCUAUCCCAAGGAAGAGGAACUCCAAGCCAUCCAAAGGAUCGUAUCGCACACGGAGCGAGCUUUGAAAUUAGUGUCCGAUAACAUGUCGGACGUGAAAGUCAUAAAAACCGAAGCGCCCGUCAAAACCGAAGACAAACAGGAACAACUCCAGAAGGAAGACGGUCGCGACAAUCAAUUGUUUUCGUUCCAACAAGGCGACCAAAACCGCGUGCUGAAGGGCGUGAUGCGCGUGGGCCACCUCGCCAAAGGUUUGCUCCUCUGCGGCGACACCAACGUCGAAUUGGUGGUGCUCUGCGCCGACAAGCCGACGCUCACCCUGUUGAAGAAAGUGGUGGAGCUGUUGCCGGCCGCUCUGAAGCAAGUGGCCCCCGAGAACGCCUACACGGUGGCGAUCAACGCGCCCGAAGCCGGAUUGAUCAUAGCCGGGGAUAAUUUGACGGUGCUGGUACAGUUCACGAGUCCCGUGAUCAGGGAACAGCAAGGUGGUGUGGGACUAAGGAUUUUUGACCAACCGUGCUCAUCGCCGCCACACAGGAUCGGGGCUCCUCCGAAUGAAAAGGGCCCCUUUCUUGUGGCUAAGGCCAGGGCCUUAGGUCUACAUUCGUGCGUCAUCAUCAUUCGAAUCUUGAGAGAUUUAUGCCAGAGGGUACCCACUUGGUCACCUCUCAGUUCCUGGGCGAUGGAGUUGCUCGCGGAGAAAGUAAUUUCUUCGGUGCCGGGUUCGAGCCAGCUAUCGCCCGGAGACGCUCUCAGACGCGUCAUGGAAGCGGUAGCGAGCGGGUUGCUCCUGCCGGGCGGGCCCGGCCUGGCGGAUCCUUGCGAAAAGGAUAAUCCCGACGCGUCGGGGGCGUUGAGUGCUCAGCAAAGGGAGGAUCUCACUUGUUCGGCGCAGUACGCGCUCAGAUUGAUCGCUUAUAGGCAGAUUUAUAAGGUGUUGGGAAUGGAUCCCAUACCGAUGCCGCAGAAGGCGUUUAGAAAGGAUAGAGUUGCGCGCAAACGACGUCGCUCCGGUGGUGAUUUGGAAGGUUCGGAAAGCGACAGCGGGAAGAUGGUUAAAACGGAAGGUGCGAAAUAACUGAUUGUGUUGAUAGUUCUUGCAAUAUUGGAGUAUUUUAAUAUAAUAGGCAUUAUUUAAUUCUUGGAGUUUGUGAUUUGUCUUAUUUUCGGUUAUAUUUUUUUUACUUAGAGUGAGUUUCGCUGUAUUAAAUGUUAAUUUUAUUUAAAAAUAUAAUGUUUAAAACUUA